AUGACGGUGACCCUCGAGGACUGGGAGAUGAUCACUGCCAUGCCGAUCGAGGGUCAUGCACUCACCGGUCGAGUGGAGAGGACCAACUGCCAGGAGAGGGUCACCACCCUCAUCGGCGACUGCCCCGGUGCCAAGAGCAACCGUACAUCCGGUGUGCCGUUGAUCUGGCUCUCGGAGCACCGGAAGACAUGCCCCGAAGGCGCAAACGAUGCGACUGUGGAGUGGUACGCGAGGGCCUACCUGUGGUAUCUUCUCACGGAGGUCGUGUUUCCAGACGCAUCCGGGAACUCUGCCAACUGGUCCUAUCUGUUCUUCCUAGCCGACUGGGAUGCAGGGUACAGUUGGAGGACCGCAUCUCUCGCCUACCUAUACCGUUCGCUUGACGACGCAAGGCAGAGGACGGGAGACAAGUCCAAUAUGGGUGGCUUUGUCUGGGCCUUCUCCAUUUGGAUGUGGGAGCAUCUGCCGGUGGGGCGUCCUGAGAAGCUGCCAAGACGCCCAUGGGGUGCCUAUAGCGAAGACGGCGACGAGGCUCGACACCCCACCGUAGCUUACGAGUGGGACGUUGUCAAACUCUACACGGGCCUAAACAAGACUUCGUACAAGACCUACACCAACGAGUUGGACGCUUUGACGCAUACGCAGGUAAACUGGUGGCCGUAUCAUGACCGAGAGUGGGACUUCGAUCUGAAUGUGAUGUGUGAUGCGGACAGAGGUCUUUGGCGGUGCAUCGUGCCCAUGAUCUGUGUGUACACCGUCGAGUGGCACUUGCCACAACGCGUGGCAACGCAGUUUGGGAUUUUUCAACAUACCCCACCGGGCCAGCCCACCGAUACCGGCGGCCACGCGCUCCACUUGAUGAGCCGGCAGAAGAACCAGUCGAUCACAAACUGGGGAGAGAAGCAUGAAACUCAUGUGACGGAAUGGAACCAACGGAGGUACCGGAAAGACGUGGAGAGGAAGGUGACUAACUGGGAUGUUUACCUGAACCGACACAUGAAGUGGUACGAUGAUGGCCAGAAGCACCGUCUUCGUCUCAGGCCUCGGUGGACGGCGGAAGACAUCACGGAGCUGGAGAGGGAUGACCCCGAGGAAGCGGCCUACCAUACCGGCAUCAGAGACAUGCACAGUGGAUUUAGGGAGUUUGCCCCCUCAUCAACAGAGUGUCUGGUGAGCUGA